AUGAACGUACCAUACAUCGCCAUCAUGAUACCACGAAGUACAUUCCUUAUUCUUUGGCUUUUUACUGUGUCUCUCACCUCUCUUGUUUCUGCAUCCACGCAUACUUCGUUCUGCAAAUGUACCUGUUUCUCCAACAGCACAAUCAUCCAACUUGGACUCCCCAAAGCGGAAGCUAUCUCCCCAGCGUCUGUCAGGUCGUUUUUCCUGCCUCGAGAUGACCAAGAUUCUGAAGGCAACAAAAAUGAUCUUGAGAAGGGCGACAAGAAAUACAGGGCACUAAACUGUAACGAUUGCAAUCGCCGAUUUUGCCUCGAGUAUGGGCUUCCGAAGUGUAAGGGGGCGAAGGAGGAGGAUGUUGUCGCAUCUUGCUUCCAGCGCGACUCCAACAAGGACAAAGCUGUCGUUUUCAUUUUCAUUAUAGCAACGGCGGGACUAUUGAUAUGGGCAGCAAUACAGCCAUGGGUAGAGAAAUGGGUAUUAGCCAUAAAAGAGCGAAGAUCGUAUCUCCCAGUUCCGAGUCAAGCUCAAUAAAUGGCAGAAAACAAGCCAUAUACGCGAUUUAUAUUGGAAUUUUUGUUUUUGGAAUACCAUGUUAGGUUGGCUUUUUCAGUAUGAAAUUUUAUUUCUUCAGGGUUUUUAAUG